AGCGGUGCUGGUUCUGGCUCCAGGGACAGCCCCCACGCCAGCUCCUUCCCUCAGACGCCGGGAAAAACCAUUGUCGAUCCUGCCCCCAGACACCUCACCUUGAGCGCGCAAGCGCGACGCUCGGCGCCUCCACUUCUCCUCCCUCGGGUGCCGGGGCGAUGGAGUUCUCUCCCGAGCCUCCUGGCCUGGAGGCGGCACCUUCUCGGCCGCCGGCCUCCGCCGGGGCGCCCUCGGGGCCACGGAGGGCGGCCACCACGGGCACCGCCUCCGAGGACGGCGAGACCGCGGACACCGCCUCCGAGUCGGGGCCAUCGAGGGCCGCCACCACGGUGAGAGGCAGCCGCGAGUCGGUGAUGGCGAAGACGAAGAGCUACACGAAGCAGUGGUUUGCCACUGGCAGCAACUGCUCCCUCGAGCAGAUCUCGAGCGAGGAUAUCCGCAAGAUCUGGUGGCUCAGCGUCCGCGCGAUGCAGGCCCGCGCCGAGUUCAAGAGGAGGCAGCUGGAGCUGUCCGAGAGGAUGCUGAAAGAGCGGCGGAGUGGGUGUGCGAGCGCGCUCUUGUCGACGUACGCCACCCGCUAUCAGUGGGCGCUCUUCGUCGUUGUUCAUAUCGUUAUCACCUUCUUGAUUUGGUCCCAUUUUUUCCUGAAGAGGUUCAGGGAGCAAGAGGGACUCCCCGAGCUCAUCCCCGCCAAGGACGCCCUCGCUCCAGAGGAUGUUGGCAUGCCAAUGCCCAACUACUGGAAGAAGCGUCUGGUUGCGCCGCUGUUGUUUGGCCUCAAGCACGCCAUCCUGUGGCAGAUGGUGUGGCUGCCUGUUACGAUGAGCCGCCACCUUCUUGCCCUAGCUGCUCGAACUAAGAUUCGAAACUUCGUCCCUCUGGAGCACAUGACGUUCUUCCACAUUACCCUGGGAUACAUCACGUGCUUCCUCAUCAUCGUUGCUACCAUCGUGUUCUUCGUCUUCUUCGUGCACGGCUGCCGACAGCACCUCGGGCAGUUCGGCCACCCUCUCGAGCCCGUCGAUUUCUGCGAGAAGAUCAAAGCGAGAUCAUGAUCACAGGACUAGGCAUCUUCGUCCUCCUGGUGAUCGUGAUGGUAAGCUCCUUCCUGCGGCGCCACAUUCCGUUCGAGUGGUUCUACGUGCUGCACCAUUUCGUGCUCGUCCUGUUCGGCCUAACCAUUGCGCACACCCUGGACGACCAGUUCUGGGGCGGCACUCGCGUCGGCAAGAAUCGGUCGCAGAGCUUCCGAUUCAUCGCCACGACGCUCAGCCUAUAUUUAUUAGACAGGGCUUGGAGCUUCCUCACCAUGCGGCGCAACGUGCCCGUGCAGGAAGCCGUGGUCACUUCCACGAAGAGCAUGCUCACGCUGGUGUGCAAGAAGCCGGUCGACUUCCAGUUCGCUCCUGGCCAGUACGCGUACAUCCAGAUACCUUCUUUGGACCUUACGUUCCACCCGUUCUCCAUCGGCUCUGCGCCGGAAGAAGUUGUGCUCAGGUUCUACAUCGUGGUGUAUAAGGGCCAGUGGACCGAGAAGCUGGCCGACGCCAUCGAAGAGAAGACGGUAAGCGGAGUGAACAUCAUGGGCCCGUUUGGUCCAGGGCUCGAUACAAAUAACUUCGUGAGCGUCAGCGCAGUGGGCACGGGGACGGGCAUCGUGCCCAUGAUGUCGUUGAUGAGGGAGCGCUAUCGCAGGCUGACGCUCAUGAACAAGGAGCUGCUGCAAGGGAUUCAAGAGGACCCCGAGAAAGUGGUUCGGCUGGAGCACAUGGCACUCUACGAGGCCGUCGACCACACGAGACUCAUCAUGCUGCAGUACCAAUGGAAGCUGCGCUGCAUGCGGGUGAGAGGCACGCAGACUUCGAUGAUCAUGUCUAAGGCCACGAAUCGUGCGUACUACCACUACAUGUUCGACAUCAUCGCGCACGUCGUCCUGCUUCUGGACAUGUGCCAGGGCUUCUGGACGUUCUCUUGGAAGUACCUGAACGAAAUGGAGUUCAAUGCCAAGUUCCAAAAGGUCGAUGCAGUCCAGUGGAAGGCAUUGGAGGUCAUGAGCCUCGUCUGCAUCUUGUUCUUCUUGGUGCACCGGGUUUACGUCUGGGCGAAUCCUCGCGUCUUCCGGCGGUCCUUCGCGGACGUGCUGGAUGUGGUGGCAGUGGCGUUUAUGCUCGGCACCCACUUCGCAUGGGCGGGCGAGGUUCCGUCCUUCUACAUCGCCCCCUCUUCCAUGGCCGUGCUCUUCCGCGGCUCGUUCGCGCUAUGGCGCAUCGCGCGCAUCUACGCCGCGAGUCAGGUCCUGCGCAUGGGCGACGCCAGCUCUAAGGGGGUCGAGCACGACCUCGUCAAGAACGGGAAGUUCCGCGUGCUCUGGAUCGUGCGGGGAGGAGAUGGCUUCGCGGCCCAUUGCUUGGAGCUCGAGGACAUGAUGACGGACUUGCUCAAGAAGUUCAGCCGCUGGCAGCUGGAUCUCCUCUUCGGCCUCGACAUCUACCUCACGGGCGUGACCCCAGCCGAGGAGCGGAAGCUCCGGGAGCUCAUCCAAGGAUCGGCUAUCGAGAGUUGCGCGCGCUUCGAGCGCCCCGACGUUGUCGAGUGGGUGGUCCAGAGGAUGUCGGACGUGCUCAGGGACACUCUGCACGACAGGUGCGCCACCACGGGCGGCUCCAUGAUCGCCUUCUGUGGGAGUCAUGCGGUGGGCUUGCAGGUAAGCCGAGGAGUGCAGGAGGCGAACAUGCACGCAGUCGUGCUGCGGAUGGCUGGCUGCCGCAUGGCGUUCCAUGAGGAGUACUACGGCGUCGUAUGAGGCAAGCCGAAGGCGCUGGUGCGAAGGAGGCUUGGUGGACAGCGCAGCAGCCUCUGAGGAUCGGACAAGAGAACCAGUGGGUUCUCUUGGAAAAAGAGAGAGAGAGAGAGAGAGGAAUUCUUGGAUUUUUUUCACGAAACGCACUCCUCCCCUCUCGUCUCUUUCCUCCCGCCCUUGCUUCCCUGAGGCGGAACGCUGGCUAGCCCCUGCUGGGGUUGGCCUGCUUUCUGCCUCCUCUGCUUGUCUCGUCCUCGUUCAACCCCCGAAUUCAGCCACGCGGAGCUCCAAAUCUGGACCGCGGAGGGCUGGUAGUCGGCGAAGUGGGAAGUGCUUGUGAUGAUGUUUCUUGUUAUGUUCGAUUCCCCGCCCAAGAGUGUGCACGCAGUAGCUGGUGAGCAUGAGUUUGCUCCUGACGCUAGAAGUGUUAAUGCCCCAGGCGCCGCCCUGCUGUCGGCUGACCGCGGCGCGGCCUGUGGCGCCAGUCUCCCGCCGGGCUCGCCCGCCGGGCACUCCGCCGCCCACGGGCCGCUGCUUCCCGUCGGCCUGUGGCUCCACUGUGGGUGACGACGGGCGCGUGCAGCUUAUUCCGCCGUUCAUUAGAUAUGAUAUUACAUCGCCUGUUGUAUUGUAUGCGGGUCUCACACGACCUUGCUUCCGCUGCUUCGGCAUCGAGGCUGUCCGCAGGUUGUUUUUCUUUCCUUUCCCCCCUCCUCCUCUUCCUCUUCCUCCGCCUCCUCCCCCCCUCCCUCUCCACCCAGUUUCACCGAUACGAUUUCGGGGUGCUCCGUAUCGUUCCGAGUUUUGCUCCAGAGAAUGGGGCAAACAAAAAACUGUCAUAACGCUUUUGGCUUGUAGCUGCCCGAAUUUCCGCCCUGGAUUUCGGCCACGCUCGCAGGACACAGGUUCUGCUGGGAACCGUGGUUGUCCUUCCCAUGAGCUCGAUUCCAGGUGGCGCUGGCGCUGUCGGGUAGUCCGCAGCUGCCGCCGCCGUGUUGGUUCCGAUUGUGCGGAGCGACGUGGCCGCCGCCGUGUUGGCUCCGCUUGUGCGGGACGACGUGGUGUAGCACAUGCUGUUUGGGGGUUCGUUUGCCGUGAAAAAAUGGGGGGACCGGGCAUGUUGUCUGAUGGGGGAU